AUGAUUGACGACCAGGUGCUACCCCUGUAUGAGAAUAUGACGGGUGAAUGGAUUGAGUGUAAAGGACCUGAAAAUAAGUACAACAUAUCGAUAGAGAGAUACAAUUUUACGUCGAUUAGAGUGACCAGUGAUUUGAGUGUACUUUUGAAGUGUUGGGCACAGGGUGUCAAACGGGUCUCGGAGUCCGACGAUGACAUAUACUAUGACAAUAUAAUUGAGUUUAAUUUUGGUGUUGUUAUAGACUUUCCCAAUGAUAUCGCGGUGUAUGUUAACUGUACUUUAAAUGAAGAAAGCUAUGAGAAAGUGGUACCACUUAUACCAGUGAUAGAGUCGCCAUCUGUCCGGGAAUUACCGGAAACUCGAGACCUUCCGAACGUAUUGCUCGUUGGCAUCGAUUCGGUGUCGAGACUGCAGUUCGACCGACACUUUGCCAUCACUGCCCGCAAUAUAAUCAGUGGACAGAGGUUUCACACAAUGUAUGGCUAUAACAAAGUGGCUGACAAUACCUUCCCAAACCUCACACCACUUCUCACCGGACAUUAUGUCGAGGACCUCUGGAAUGAAACUAUGAAUGAGGCGUUUGACUACUUUCCCUUCAUAUGGAAAGAAUACCAACUGAAAGGCUACCGAACCCUAUAUAUGGAAGACGCGCCAAAUAUGAAUACAUAUAAUUAUGGGCGACGAGGGUUUGUCGACCCGCCCACUGACUACUACCUCAGACCAUAUUACCUGGCUAUGGAUGGCAUGACUGAUGAAUAUUGUUAUUUAGAUAAACCGGAAGUUGUG